AUGCGCAAGGGGCCCCAUAAGGUCUUUGUCGAAGCCGGUGGUCACAACGCCAUCGCCGCGCUGCAGGAUGCCCUGAUCUGCGCGUCUGUGCCCGGGUGUCUCCAACAGGAUCUCCUGACCGAGCCCAGAGCUGGAGCAGAUGUUUCUCUGCUGGUCGUUCUGCUGCUGGAGCUUGUGAAACGGUUUCAUUGCUGUCGAGUGGUUCACGGAGGCCUGAAGCCAGACUCGCUCUACUUUUACCUGAGCGGCAUCACAGCACUAGAUUUCUCAAACUCGGUGGAUCUGCAGCUCCAGACUGACGUCACAACAGCACGAGAUCUUCCUUCGGCUCAGAAAUACAUCCAGCAGGGUCUCCUGUCGCCUUCUGCGUCGCCCUAUCAGCUGGAUCUGAUCGGUGUUGCAGAAGUCGUGCACAUGCUGCUGUUCAAUCGCCCGAUGAACGUGAAGCAGGAAAACUCGGCCUGGAGUUUAGAUGAAGGAUCUGGAUCUGAGCACAGCGUUCCCGUCGAGUCUUUAUGGAAAGACUUCUUCCACAUGAUUUUGAAUCCAGGACUAAAGUCUUCAGAGCUGGUUUUGUCUGAGCUCAUCAGUAUUGUGAGGAACAGCUUAUGAAGAUAUUGUCAUGUGUAAAAUAAUAACAGCAGCAGUGCAUAUGAAUGGUUGGAUAUAAAAUUAAUGUUUUACAUUGCUUUUUAUACACAUUUAAU